GUGUGCAAUCGCAGUACCGCUCCACUGGAACAGUUGACAAUCAUGUUGCAGAAAAUCACCCUCGCGUGUCUCCUCGUAGCUUCGGUCUACGGAGCCGGACUAUGGAACCCCGACUUAAGAACGACAUUCGGGCUGAACCCCUUGGGCAUUGGUUCUAGUCAAUUCAUUCCCAAGGCAAAGAGCAUUGAUGAAGCCAUCAGCAUGAACUGGGUGAAGAGAGACCGCCCCGCAGGACCUGCAGGACUCGAGUCUCUAGAGCUGUGGUGUCCUGCUGACGAUUGCAGCUUCUGUUCCCUGUUCGAUGACACCGGUUACAUCGCUGGUGUCCAGAUCGGUGUCUCCAAGAGUAGGAUGAGUGACUGGGUCUUCGACCCGGCUGUAACAGGGUUCACUUCUUGGACCACAACCAUUAACGGACAAACUGCAGAAUUCUACACCAUCCAGCUUUACUUCAUCUCUGCUGAAAUUCUCGCGACAAAGAAGGAGGACCGUUUGGCCAGCCGCAAUAAGGAUCUGUUGAUCCAGCACGGCUACGUAUGGAUGACCGCCUUCAAUGGCGAGCUUUACGCUCUCUCCACCGACACCUCUCUCUUGGGCACUUCCCAGAGUGAAUUCACCACACAAGCCUGUGUACUUUGGAUGGGUCAACAUUACUACCACAAGAUGUCGAAGACCACGCCGUGCGCCGGAGACACCCUUUUCCCGUGGUUCGCUCUCAUGGACUCCGACCAGCUGAUCGGUUUGGGUUUCAUGACCUUCGGAAAAUACACCGUAGACAGCAACGUCCAGGACUUGUUUGAACAUCCCGACGAAUCUGCUGUCAAGAUGAUUGUCAGCGACGGCCCUCAGUGCCUGUAUGACCUGACCAGAACCCGCGGAGUCCUGACCAUGCACGUCUACUUCAUCGACACCCCCCAACUAGUCGGAUGCCCAAUCUUUGGUUAAAUCAUUUUCCGAAUCGCUCAUAACUUGAAUAACGUGUUAUCUUGUUUUAACUAAUGAAUUAUCUAAUUAAAUGUUGUAUAUAAA